AUGGCCCAAUCUACAUCCAGCCGGCAAACUGCGAGGCAAUGGACCGUAUCUGGAUUCGAAGGUUACGGCUCCCUGAAAUUCAGCGAGGAGCCAAUUCCUGAUCUUGGUGAUAGCCAGGUCCUCGUCAAAAUCCAGGGCGCUUCCCUCAACUAUCGGGAUCUCAUGAUAUCCAAAGGCCAAUAUCCUUGGCUUGUCAAGCCGGGCGUAGUCCCAGGUUCGGAUGGUGCUGGCACGAUCAUCGCCGUGGGCAAACACGUCACCCGUUUCCAACCCGGCGACAAGGUCAUCACCGUAAUCAACCCCAAGCAUCUCGGCGGGUCUAUCAACCGUCAAACCUCGCAAUUUGGUCUCGGCGCUUCAGAUGACGGUACGUUUCGUACCAUCGGUGUUUUCGACGAGCAAGGUCUCGUUGAGAUGCCCGAAUACCUCUCCUUUACCGAGGCCGCGACGCUGAGUUGCGCAGGCGUAACAGCCUGGAACGCACUUUUUGGUUCUUCUGGACGCCAGCUUUCUGCAGGGCAGUGGCUCCUCACCCAGGGUACUGGCGGGGUAAGCAUUUUUGCUAUCCAGUUCGCCAAGGCGGUUGGAGCAAGAGUUAUUGCCACAACAAGCUCGAGCAAGAGGGCUAAGCUCCUCGAAAAACUGGGCGCUGAUCAUAUCAUCAAUUAUUCCAAAACACCAGAAUGGGGUCUUGUUGCGAAGGGACUGACCGGCGGAACCGGGGUAGAUAUGGUGAUCGAGGUGGUGGGCGGCGAGUCGAUGAGACAGAGUGUCGAGAGCGUUAAGCUGGAUGGAACAAUCGCCGUGGUUGGAGCGGUGAGUGGUGAGGUGGCCGGUGGCCCAACCCUUAUGGAGCCUUGGAUCAACCUCUUCACGGUUCGCGGCGUGUGGAUUGGUAGUCGCCUGCAGAUGGAGGAUAUGUGCCGGGCGAUUGAAGCGAACCCGGACAAGCUGCGUCCUGUUGUCGACUCGAGGGUGUUUGGUUUGGAUGAGCUCCGCGAGGCGUAUGAAUAUCUUGAAUCUGGAAAGCAUCAAGGGAAAGUCUGCAUUCAUAUUCAGUGA